CGUGCUGCUGUUGCCGAAAGCAAUUGUGAGGAAAGAUUUGUACAGUGACUAACCCGGACAGCGAUAUAUUCAAAAAUGCCGAGUCAAGAGGUCGUCACGACAAAAGUCGUGGUCCAUCCACUGGUCCUCCUCAGCGUAGUUGAUCAUUUUAAUCGUAUGGGUAAAAUCGGUAACCAGAAAAGGGUUGUCGGUGUUCUUUUAGGUUGCUGGCGAGCCAAGGGGGUUCUAGAUGUCUCUAACAGUUUUGCAGUACCCUUCGAUGAGGAUGACAAAGAUAAAUCUGUGUGGUUCCUUGAUCACGAUUACUUGGAAAACAUGUAUGGAAUGUUCAAAAAAGUCAAUGCCCGAGAAAAAGUAGUUGGCUGGUAUCACACAGGACCUAAGUUACAUCAGAAUGAUGUUGCAAUUAAUGAACUAAUUAGAAGGUACUGCCCUAAUUCUGUGUUGAUUAUUAUUGAUGCCAAACCAAAAGAUCUUGGUCUUCCAACUGAAGCUUAUCAAGCAGUUGAAGAAGUUCAUGAUGAUGGUUCACCAACCUCUAAAACAUUUGAACAUAUUCCUAGUGAAAUUGGUGCUGAAGAAGCAGAAGAAGUAGGUGUCGAACACUUACUGCGAGAUAUUAAAGAUACAACUGUUGGCACAUUAAGUCAAAGAAUUACAAACCAAUUGUUAGGCUUGAAAGGACUUCAUGCACAAAUUGAAGAAAUUAAAAACUACCUUUUAAAAGUAGGCGAUGGAAAAUUACCAAUAAAUCAUCAAAUAGUAUACCAGCUGCAAGAUAUUUUCAAUUUACUACCAGAUAUGACACAAAAUACAUUUGUUGAUUCAUUAUAUGUUAAAACAAAUGACCAAAUGCUAGUUGUAUAUCUUGCCGCUUUAGUGAGGUCUAUCAUUGCACUUCACAAUUUGAUCAACAAUAAGUUAACAAAUCGAGAUGCAGAAAAAAAGGAAACAGACAAAAAGGAAACCAAGAAAGAUGAAAAAAAGGAAGAAGAUAAGAAGGACGAAAAAGAAAAGGCUAAAAAGUGAAGUGAAAUGUUGUGAGAAUAUUUUUUAAAAUCAAUUUUUCAUGCGAUUUGCACUUCUUUAUGGACUAUUAAUAAAUCAAUUGUGCAAACCAAUUGGAUAUAAGAAUAAGCCUCGUCACAAUAUUUGUACAGACCAGCGUUGUUUUUUAAAAGCUGUGUUAUACGCAGAAUCAGAAUACGAAUUAAAAAUAUGGCGAAAUAAUCUUUAAGCAGUUAACUGAAUGAGAAAAUCGAAAGAUUCCUUUUGCUGUGUAAUAGUAUUCAACGAGACUAAUAUUCAAUAUGUUCUUAUACUAAAAAGAAGAAAACUUGUUUUUAAAUAAUAAGGCGUUCUUGUGCUCACAUCAGUAAAAAGAUUAAUGUUUUUUUGAAAUAGA